GAGUAUCAUCAUCAUCAGCACCGCAUCGCCGGGCAAGCAGCCUCGAGACCCACCGAUCGACCCUCAGUGGUCCCUCAUCACAGAGACACGAUAAUAACGGAGAAGAGGUAGACUAGCGAGGCCAUGCCGGGGCCCCGGUAAACCGACAAAACAUAUUUUUCUCUUUGUUCCCCUCUACGCACCGCUAGCUGCCUCAACGCACCGCUAGGAGGAUCCGCGGAAUAGCUCUCUUUCUCUGCUGGAGGAGAGGAGGAGACGGCAACUGAGGGAGGACGGAGAGAUUUUUCUACCGUAUAACCUAAUGGCAGAGCGUGAGGCGUCGCCGUUACCGCUGGACGUUCGCGCCCGGCUGGCGGAGUUGGAGCUCGAGCUGUCAGAGGGUGACAUCACACAGAAGGGUUAUGAGAAGAAGCGGUCUAAGCUGAUCAGGGCGUACGUUCCUCAUCCUGGAGGUAUGGAGGGUAUGUCCCACCGCCCCCUCUUCGCCCCCCCGUCUGCCGCUCGCUUCCACAGACGGCGUCCUUCUGGAACACGCGAUGAACGCUAUCGUUCAGAUGUCCACAGUGAGGCAGUGCAGGCAGUGUUAGCCAGACAUGUGGAGAGCAAGGUGGCAGUGCCCAUGCCCUCCAAACGACGAUCACUGGUGGUACAGACAUCCAUGGACACCUACACACCCCCAGGACUGUCCCCACUGUGCUCAGACUCGUCGUCGGGCUCGGAGGAAGAGGCGGGGCCAGGCGAUGACAUGCCAGGGAUGGAACACUGGAUGACUCGCCCCGCCCACUUAGGUCCAGUCCACCUAGGCUCCACCUCCUCGUCCUCCUUCACUCAGAGCGGUGGCAGCGGCAACGCAGGACGACUGGCCGACUCGCUCGCACACACACACCUCUCACACCCACACCUGGCACACGCCCACCUCACACACACACACACACACCUGACCCAGUCACACCACGUGUCAGCUCACCACUCACAAACACACCACGCUAUCGGACACCUGUCUCUGAAGCGUAAGCCAGCUCUGGGCGUGGCAGAGAACGGAGGCUCUCUCAGAAGAUCCUGUGAGUUCGGUUCUGAUAUGCUGUGGCCUCCACCACUGGAGUCUGACGAGCGCCACAUAGGAACCAUCGCCCGAAACACACAGAAAUACGGCAACGCUGAACGCAUGGAGACUGGAGACGGUGUCCCGGUCAGCAGUCGUGUGUCUGCUAAGAUCCAGCAGCUAGUGAACACUCUGAAAAUGCCUCGUAGACCUCCACUCAGAGAGUUCUUCGUUGAUGACUUUGAAGAACUUCUAGAAGUCCAGCAGCCAGACCCCAAGCAGCGCCGUCCGGAGGGGGCAGAGAUGUUGGCUGUGAGAGGAGAGGCUCUGGGGGUGGUGACUAACUGGCCCCCUUCCCUGGAGGCAGCUCUCCAACGCUGGGGCACCAUUAGCCCUAAAGCCCCCUGUCUCACCAGCCUGGACACCACUGGCAAACCUCUAUAUGUACUCACAUACGGGAAGUUAUGGUCUCGAAGUGUCAAGCUGGCCUUUAACAUCCUACACAAGUUGGGCAGCAAGCAGGAGCCCAUGGUGCGACCGGGGGACAGGGUGGCGCUAGUGUUUCCUAAUAAUGACCCGGUGGCCUUCAUGGCGGCCUUCUAUGGCUGCCUGCUGGCUGAGGUGGUCCCUGUACCCAUAGAGGUGCCCCUCACACGCAAGGAUGCUGGCAGCCAGCAGAUCGGCUUCCUAUUGGGUAGCUGUGGGGUUACCGUGGCGCUGACCAGUGAUGCCUGCCAUAAAGGCCUGCCCAAGAGUGCUACAGGAGAGAUACCACAGUUCAGGGGAUGGCCUAAGUUGCUGUGGUUUGUGACUGAGUCGAAGCAUCUCUCCAAGCCUCCCAGAGACUGGUUCCCUCACAUCAAAGAUGCAAACAGCGACACAGCAUAUAUAGAGUACAAGACCUGUAAGGAUGGAAGUGUUCUGGGAGUCACGGUGAUAAGGAUCGCUCUGCUGACUCACUGCCAAGCCCUCACACAGUCCUGUGGCUACACAGAAGCGGAGACCAUAGUGAAUGUUCUAGACUUUAAGAAGGAUGUGGGACUGUGGCACGGCAUCCUCACGAGCGUGAUGAAUAUGAUGCAUGUGAUCAGCGUUCCCUACUCUCUGAUGAAGGUCAACCCAUUGUCAUGGAUACAAAAGGUCUAUCACUUUAAAGCCAAGGUAGCGUGUGUAAAGUCCAGGGACAUGCACUGGGCUCUGGUGGCCCACAGAGAGCAGAAGGACAUCAGCCUGAGUUCCCUCCGGAUGCUGCUGGUUGCCGACGGAUCUAACCCUUGGUCUAUCUCGUCCUGUGACGCGUUCCUCAACGUGUUCCAGAGUAAAGGCUUAAGGUCAGAGGUCAUCUGUCCCUGUGCCAGCUCUCCCGAGGCACUGACUGUUGCCAUCAGAAGGCCAGUGGAGGACAGUAGCCAGCCACCAGGCCGAGGGGUUCUCUCCAUGCAGGGUCUGAGUUACAGUGUGGUCCGUGUCGACACGGAGGAACGCCUGUCAGUUCUCACUGUGCAGGAUGUGGGCACUGUCAUGCCUGGAGCCCUGGUGUGUGUGGUGAAGCCAGACGGUGUGCCUCUCCUGUGUAAGACAGAUGAGAUCGGGGAGCUGUGUGUGUGUUCCGUUGCCACGGGAACAUCGUACUACGGACUGACAGGCAUGACCAAGAACACCUUUGAGGUGUUUCCAGUAGCAUCCGGUGGAGGUCUGGUCAGUGAGUAUGCGUUUGUCCGUACGGGGCUGUUGGGCUUCGUGGGUCCAGGUGGUCUGGUGUUUAUCUCCGGCAAGAUGGACGGCCUCAUUGUGGUCAGCGGACGCAGACAUAAUGCUGAUGACAUCAUAGCCACCGCACUGGCCGUGGAGCCAAUGAAAUUCAUCUACAGAGGGAGGAUAGCAGUGUUCAGUGUGACCGUGCUGCAUGAUGAGCGUAUUGUGGUGGUAGCAGAGCAGAGACCAGACUCUACUGAGGAGGACAGCUUCCAGUGGAUGAGCCGCGUGCUGCAGGCGAUAGACAGUAUCCAUGGUGUGGGUGUGUUCUGCCUGGGGUUAGUUCCAGCCAACACCCUCCCUAAGACCCCCCUUGGGGGUCUACACCUGUCUGAGACCAAACAGCUGUACCUGGAGGGGGGGCUGCACCCCUGUAAUGUCCUCAUGUGUCCUCACACCUGUGUUACCAACCUGCCAAAACCACGGCAGAAACAACCAGAGAUUGGCCCUGCCUCUGUGAUGGUGGGGAACCUGGUGUCUGGGAAGAGGAUCGCUAUGGCCAGUGGCAGAGACCUGGGACAAACUGAUGACAAUGACCAGUUCCUGUUCCUGUCAGAGGUUCUGCAGUGGAGAUCUCAGACUACGCCUGAACACAUCCUCUACACACUGCUUAGCUCCCGGGGAGCGGUGUCUAGUUCUCUGACGUGUCUUCAGCUCCAUAAGAGGGCAGAGAGAGUUGCUGCUCUGCUGCUGGAGAGAGGAGGACUACAGGAGGGAGACCACAUAGCACUGGUCUACCCACCAGGUAUAGACCUAAUUGCAGCAUUCUACGGUUGUCUGUAUGCUGGCUGUGUUCCUAUCACUGUCCGACCGCCCCACCCACAGAACAUCUCAACCACACUGCCCACUGUCAAGAUGAUCGUAGAGGUCAGUCGUUCGGCCUGUGUGAUGACCACAGCGGUCAUCUGUAAGCUGCUGCGGUCCAAGGAGGCGGUCGCUACAGUUGACAUCAGGAACUGGCCUCCCGUCCUGGACACAGAUGACCUGCCAAAGAAGAAGUCUCCAGCGCUGUAUAAGCCCUGUAACCCUGAUGCCCUGGCCUACCUGGACUUCAGUGUGUCCACUACUGGCAUGCUGGCUGGAGUACAGAUAUCCCAUAAUGCAGUGGGAGCGUUCUGUCGGUCAGUGAAGCUGCAGUGUGAACUGUAUCCCUCCAGAGAGGUAGCAAUCUGUCUCGACCCCUACUGUGGCCUGGGCUUCGUCCUCUGGUGUCUCUGCAGUGUGUACAGUGGCCAUCAGUCGAUCCUGAUCCCUCCAGUAGAGUUGGAGUCUAACCCAGCCCUGUGGCUGCUCGCUGUCAGCCAGCUCCGAGUCAGAGACACCUUCUGUUCCUACAGCGUCAUGGAGCUCUGCACUAAAGGACUGGGCCUGCAGACAGAGGCACUGAAGGCGCGAGGCCUGGACCUGUCCCGUGUGAGGGCGUGUGUUGUGGUAGCAGAGGAGAGACCCAGGAUGUCUCUAACACACUCCUUCUCCAAGCUGUUUAAAGACCUGGGCCUGCACCCCCGAUCUGUCAGCACAGCAUUUGGUUGUAGGGUCAACCUGGCUAUCUGUCUGCAGGGCACCUCCGGACCAGACCCUACUACAGUUUACGUGGACAUGAGAGCUCUGCGACAUGAUAGGGUUCGGUUGGUGGAGAGAGGUUCUCCUCACAGUCUCCCUCUCAUGGAGUCAGGAAAGAUCCUACCUGGUGUCCGCAUCAUCAUCGCCAACCCAGAGACCAAGGGACCCCUGGGAGACUCCCACCUAGGAGAGAUCUGGGUGCACAGUGCCCAUAAUGGCAGUGGAUAUUACAGUGGUUAUGGAGAGGAGGUCCUUCAGUCUGAUCACUUCACCUCCAGACUCAGCUUCGGAGACACGUCCACUGUCUGGGCUCGCACCGGAUACCUGGGCUUCUUACGACGUACUGAACUCACUGAUGCCAGCGGAGAGAGACAUGAUGCGCUGUAUGUGGUGGGCGCGUUGGAGGAGGCCAUGGAGCUGAGGGGGAUGAGGUAUCAUCCUAUAGACAUCGAGACCUCCGUUAUCAGGACGCACCAGAGCAUCAUGGAAUGUGCUGUGUUUCCCUGGACUAACCUGCUGGUAGUUGUGGUGGAACUAGAAGGCUCGGAGCAGGAAGCCCUGGACCUGGUUCCCAUGGUGACCAAGGCGGUGCUGGAAGAGCAUUACCUCAUCGUUGGUGUCGUCGUGGUAACAGACAUCGGGGUGAUCCCCAUCAACUCUCGCGGGGAGAAGCAGCGCAUGCAUCUCCGGGACGGCUUCCUACAGGACCAGCUAGACCCCAUCUACGUGGCUUAUAACAUGUAACCCAGCCGCCCCAUUCGGGGGGGGGUGUGGGUGGACGUAAGAGAGGGGGAUGUGUGUGUUAGCAUGUGUGUGUAUGCGUACGUGCGUGUAUAUCGCUGGUGUUGUUCAUUGCAAAUCAAGACGUACUGUAUUUUAGAAUCUGCACAUGGUCAUAUGGUGUGGUGCCAGUUGUCUGUUCCUUUAGUUGUGCUGUGGUGGAGGUAUAGCUGUUUCUGCACCCCCAGUUAAACCUGUCACCUAGACAGGAAGUUGCUGUUCAAAGCCUUAGAGGAACACUGUGUUCUGACUACACCACCGGUUGUUACCCGUUAGGAGAGAGAGAAAAUAUCUCUGAACAUAUCUGUUUUCUUAAUGAAAUAGACAUGAAAAAUUAAGUUAUUCAAGUAUUUUGUCAGAAAAAGACAGGGGGUUCAGAUUAGUGUAUAAAUAUAAAUAUUGUACAUAAACAAAAUGAUCUAUACGGCGAGAACUGGAACACACUGAGGACCUGUUAUACAGCUUUCUCCACCUGCGGUGUGUGCGUGCGUGUGUGUGCGUGUGUUUGUGUGUGUGUGCGUGUGUUUGUGCGUGUGUUUGUGUGUGCGUGUGUGUGUGCGUGUGUGUGUGUGAAUGAAUGUGAUACAGUUCACUCCUCUUAUAAGAAUCGCAUACAUCCUUAACAAUUUGUUUCCUAAAGACAAUUAACUCCUAAAUGCCAAGUUAACAUGUUAGAAGUACACAAUUGUUUCUAUCCAACAAUGUUUGACCGUUGUAAGCAUUUUAUUAUGGUAAUAUGUGAUUCUACUAAGAGAGCCCAGUAUGUAGCAGAGGGAAAUAGGAGUUGUUAAGCCCAGCUCUGGACCAGAAACACAAGAGACAUUCUAAAUGGUAGCCUAUUCCCUUGAAGUGCACUGUUGGGACUAUGGUCAUAAAUUGGACACUAUAUACAAAAUAAGCCCUUGUUUGGGACGCACCCACAGGGAAGUGUGGAAGCAAAAGAGUUUAGAAGAAAUGUAUUUAUCAGUCAUAAAAUGAUCACUUAUGGCAUCGUCUAUGUUAUCAACUUUUCUGUGAAAAACAUAAUUUCAUGUUAAUGUUUAUUGCUAUGAGUAUUGUCCUAGAAGCAGAACUGAGUGGUUUUUGCUAGAUGGGCCAGCUGCGAUGUCAAAAUUGGCUAUAAUGUAAAAAUUCAUGAAAUCAAAAAUGUGCUUUUUUGGGGCUUUAAUUUCAGGCGAAGGUUAGGCAUUAGGGUUAGAAGUGUGGUUAAGAUUAGAGUUAAGGUUUCAAAUCUGAUUUGAUUCCAGCUAGUGACCACUCUGCAGAGCUGCCUCUCGGGCAAGACUCAUGAUAAUAAAUGCCAACCUGCUAAUUUUAAUCAAAUCAAAUGACAUUUUAUUUGUUACAUGCGCUGAAUACAAAAGGUGUAGAUCUUACCGUGAAAUGCUUACUUACAAGCGAGGCAUUAACGAGGCAUGUCAGUGAAGAACAAAUUCUUAUUUAUGUUGACAGCCUACCCCGGGCCAAACCCUAACGUGGACGAUGCUGGGUCAAUUGUGCGCCACCCUAUGGGACUCCCAAUCACGUCCGGUUGUAAUACAGCCUGGAAUUGAACCAGGGUCUGUAGUGACUACUUUAGCACUGAGAUGCGGUGCCUUAGACCGCUGCGCCUCUCGGGAGCCCCUGACUGUGUGUUAGAGAGAGGAGUCUUGUAGGUAGGGUUAAGCCUGGUACAGGAACUAGAGAGGUGAGAGAGACUGCAUUUUGUGCGUGUGCGCGUGCGUGCGUGUAUUGUGUGCAAAUAGUGUUGAUUUUGUACGGUACAGGUGUGUGUGAUUGUUUUGUACACAUGAUGAAAAUAUAAAAAUGACACUUUUAUAAGAACCUGCCAUUGGCUCCACAUCACACUAUACAGUGCAAUAAAGUGCUUUGAUUGGUUAA